AUGGUGGAUAGUGCGGUAAAGAUCGAGCGACUGCUGACCCUCGUGGGUCGUCCUAUGGAUCUGCUGGGAUUGAACAUCCUCAAGCCGAACUGGAGACCGUCCGUGAUCUCGUGCGUUGUCGCGGCACUUAUCUGUUUCCAGCCAGUUCUGACUAUUAACUCGCUCGUGACCUAUCGCCAUACGCUUGACAUCCUGAUCGAGUGUCUCUCGUUGGCGAGUAUUGGCGUUCAGGUGGUCACCCGAUCGUACUUCUAUCUGUUUCAGCGAGACCUCUGUCGGCGAGUUCUCGAGGAGUUGCGUGGUCAGAGGGACUUGUUCGGUGCGGAUGGGAACGAGCGGUUAGAGCGAUUGUUCCGAAGUUCCGUUGACCGGAUGAUGACGUUCUAUCGCUUGCUGUACGGGACGUAUCUCAUCUCACUGUCGCUGUUCAUAAUGCCAUUAGUGAUGCCGGAUCCACGCAAGUACAACCUCCCAUUGGCUUUCCAGUUGCCGGGCAUGCCACCGGACGAGACGGCAUUGUUCUGGUACGUGACCUACAUCUACCACGUCCUGCUGGUCCUGUUGGCCAUUAAUCAUCUGGCACCGAUCGACGCCAUCAUCAUGGUUUCGCUGAUCAGCAUCAGCACACGGAUUGGCGCUCUACGUGUGCUACUCGAUCAACUGGAUGGACAGAUUGGUGAGGUAGAAUGGCACCACACGGAACACCUCGAACCAGUGCUGGAUCGGAUCAUCGAGCUUCACAUCGACACCAAGCGAUUCACACGGCAGAUUUACCACUCGUACCGGAUGCAUUUCUUCAUCAGCUUCGGCAUGAUCUGUUCCGUGUUGUGCAUGUGCCUGAACGUGAUCGCGACGACUCCACGGACCUCCGUUUAUCCCGUAAUGGCGGCCGCUGCCGUGGAACUGUUCGUGGUGUGUUACUUCGGUAACACGCUGCUGAUCGAGAACGACAAACUGCCGGCCAGCGUGUAUGGGGUGCGUUGGUACCGGCUCACUGUGCCGCAGCAGAAAAAGAUCCUGUUUCUGCUGGCAAACACUCAACCGAGUCUGCAAAUGAGCGCCGUCUAUCUGCCGGUGAACAUGACGUCGUUCGUUACGGUCUGCCGAGCUGCCUACUCAUAUUAUACGUUGCUCAACUAA